AUGUCUUUGCCAAAUUCGAUCCUUGUUUUCAACCAGAUCAUAGAACACGUAGCUCAAUGUGCGGAAAAGCUUGCAGGUAUACAACCACUGGCGCGCAAACGGGAAGACGAUAUGCGAGCUAUCCGGGCUAAGAUCAGCGCGGCGUGGGAGCGUAUUCCGCAAACCAGUCAUGCCUUUGAAAGAGACCGAUUACAAGCAGAAAUACAAGGCUACUUUGCCAAGCUACGAGAACUUGAGCAGAACUACGAGUCGGGUUUGGGAGAUGCACACAAAGACUAUGAACAUCAAGCCGACAUAGCUGUCAAAGCUCUUUGUGAAGCUCUUAACGAAGCAGCGGACACAUUGUUGGGAUCACGAAGCCGAAGGAUUGUAGGAGCCAGGGAACUACCCGGGGCGACAGAAAACGACAUCUGA